AUGAAAAUCGCAAACGAAGCUUUCAAAAUGCUAUCGGGAAAAGCUCAUUGGAACGGAAAACCAGCAGUACGAAUUUAUGGUUGGAAGGAUGCCAAAAUGCAAGGCCCAAUUGUUACAUUCAAUCUGCUGCGGGACGAUGGGAGCUUCACGGGUUACUCUGAGGUCGCAAAGAUGGCUAGCUUGUACGGUAUAGAUCUUCGAACGGGAUGCUUUUGUAAUUCAGGAGCUUGUCAAAUGUAUCUAGAACACUCAAAUGAUCAGCUACGCCAUUACUUUGAGGGAGGCAAGGAAUGCGGUGAUUCCAUGGACCUGAUGGACGGUAGGCCAACGGGAGCUGUUCGGAUUUCAUUUGGAAGGCAGUCCACGGCGGAGGAUGUCGAUGCCUUGGAACAGAUGAUUGACUACUGUUUUCUUGGCGUUCAGUUACCAAUCGAUAUCGAUUCCCCACUGAAGAUCACUAGUUAUUCAGCUGUUGUCUCACGUAUUGUUAUUUAUCCAGUAAAAAGUUGCAGAGGAAUUGUUCUGGACAAGUAA